UUGAUAAAAAAAAAAAAAAAAAAAAAAAAAAUUAAAAUGCAUAAGUGGGUGGUUUUUGUUUUUUUAACGUGUCUGCAACUCUGGCCGAAUUCCGUGGAAGCCAGUGCUCUAAAAUUUUGCACAACUGCGAAAAAGGGGUCAAACAAAAGGGAUGCCCUCAAUCGAGCCUGCCACGAUCUCAAACUCAACUCCUCGGUCAUAAAUUGCGUAGUGACAGAAGAUCGCAUGUCUUGUCUUCGCAAAUUAAUAGCUAAUGAAGCCGAUUUCACGGUCCUCGAACCCGAGGAUCUGCUCGUGACUACCUUGAAUUACGUGGACAGCAACAUUUUGAUAACCCACGAGCUGAAACAGUAUCCCGACAAUUAUACUCAGUACGACGUGGAGAUGGUUGCCAUCGUGAGGAAUAAUUUCGACAACAGUUGGGUGACGACGAACAAGAAGCUGUGCUAUAUCGGCUUCGAGACGGGCCAAAUGAGGGUGAAUUAUCAUUAUCAUUACACAUCGUAUUUCGAGAAAUGGAUCAUAAACAGGGAGUGUGACACGAACAAGACUCUCUUGGAAAAUCGUAUCGCCGAUCUCUCGCAGCACUUUGAAUCGGCGUGCAUCGCCGGUCCUUGGACCCUCGAUUCAACUUUCGAUGGAGAACUGAAAUCCAAGUACCGCAACCUGUGCGCGCUCUGCGGCAACCCAAACGGCUGCUACGAGGGUGACAGAUUCUACGGGAUGCAGGGCGCGAUCCAGUGCCUAUUGGAGGUCGUCGGCGACAUUGCCUGGCUAAGCAGAAGCGACGCGAGCCGGUAUUUUUCGGAAUUGGCCAGCUACGGUUACAGUCUUCUCUGCCCGGAUGGUAUGUUCAUGCCCCUGUCCGUCAACAAAACCUGCACCUGGAUCGCCGAGCCUCGUUCCGUAAUCGCCGUGAGAAGCGAUGCUGUCGAGCGCGUAAUCAACAAAAUCGCGGACAUGAACGACGCGGGCAAAAAGUUUUACCCGGUCAUCCACGCGUCGUACAAGUUCUCGCACUUGGUGAAUCUCACGACGCCCGUAGACGCCGAGGGAUACAUGAAACGAUUCGCAGGAUUUCUAAGCUCCAAGGUGCACUCGAAUUGCCGCGAGGCCCGGACGAUUCGCUGGUGCGUGGCGAGCAACGCCGAGGCCAGCAAGUGCGGCUGGAUGCAAGCUGCCGCGGUCGGCGUCGACAUCGAGCCCAGGAUAUCGUGCAUCCAGCAACUCGAUCGACAGGCCGCCCUGAGAGCCGUGCGCGACGACAGGUGCGAUAUUUUCGUCGCCAAACCGGAGGAGGAGUUGCAUGCUAGAAGCAUGAACCUGACACCGAUCGCGCAUCUCAUAUCGAACAAGGACCUCGACGCCAACCGGUUUGCCGCAAUCGUGCGAAAAGACGCCAAGUUCAUGAGCUUUGCCGAGCUCAAGGGCGCCAAGGCCUGCUUCACUGGUUACAAGAGCGUAGGCUGGAACGCUUUUUUCUCCAUCUUGAGGAAUGGGAGCUCGGACGUGGAUUGUUCGGACACCAGGGCGAUGGCGCGGUUCUUUGGUGACAGUUGCGUUCAAAGGAUUAACGAGAGUGACGCCUCCGUGCCCGAGAGCCUUUACAGACUGUGCAACCAAACCAAGUUCGACAGAAAACUCGGGCCCGAGGAGAACGCGUUCAAGUGCUUGAUGAGCGGAGGUGACGUGGCUUUCGUCAACAUCAGCGCCGUUAAGAAGUAUUUUUCGACUUUCGGGAUGUUUGGGAUGAAUUACAAGCUGCUCUGUGAGAACGAGACGCUCGAGAACCCGGAGCCAUGCUUUUUGGCUGAAACAACUAUGGGAUCGGUGUUGGCGAAUAAAAACGCAUCGAAUGUGAAGAAGGAGGAUAUAUUCCUGAUGCUGUUGGCUCUCGACCGAUUCUUCGGAAAGACCCACGAUCGCGAGACUCCGAUGUUCUCGCUGUACGGCCCGUUCGAGGGCGAAUCGGACGUUAUUUUUCCGGAUAGGACGAUGCAUUUACAAAAGUACGCCCGUGAUUUGAGACAUGGCCGUACUUAUGAGGACGUUCUGGUCAGUCUUCAGGAGAAGAUCGAGUGCAAGUCGUCGAGCGUGGCUUUGAGCUUCAGUUUGCUUCUUGUUUCGGCUUUGGCAAUUUUUAGCCAGUUGUUGGUUUCAUUGUAGAACUAUUACU